CACAACGCCCCUUCCUUUUCACUUAUUGCACCUACAACCGGUGUACUCGCUGGGGCGAAGUCACUGUAAAAUGUCGCUUCAAACCACACGUGUUUUUCCCAUUCUUCUCACUCUCGUCUUGGGUGUAGCGGGAACACCUAGUACGGACGAAACCGCAGCGAGAGAGUGGCUAGAAUGGUACAACACUCGAGCACAGGACGUCUACUACAAGAGUUCUACGGCGUCGUGGGCCUACAACACAAAUAUCACCGACGAGACGCAGCAGCGACAGGUGGAGGUUAGUUUGGAGACGUCCCAGUUCAUCAAGGAGGUUGCGCAGAACGCUACAGCGCUAUGGGACUGGUCGGGCAUGUCGUUCGACACCAAGAGGAAGUUCGACUCCAUCACAAACAUCGGAAGCGCCGCCUUGCAGAACCAAACUAAACUGGAGCGGCUCACGAACGUCCAGUCUGAGAUGAGGCGAAUCUACAGCACCGCGAAAGUUUGUGAAAACGUGGAUGGACAGGAAAACUGUAUGGUGUUCGAACCGGAUCUGACGCGAGAGUUGGCGACCGGACGUGACUAUAACCGGCUGCAGUUCAUCUGGGACGGAUGGAGGGCGUCAGUUGGCCCUCAGCUCAGGUCGCUCUAUCAGGAGUUCGUGGACCUUAGCAACGAAGCAGCAGUGGCCAAUGGUUUUGAUAACACCGGAGCUAGCUGGCGGUCCUGGUACGAGGUCGACACGUUCGAGCAGGAUCUGGAAAACAUCUACGAGGAGUUGAAACCGCUUUACCUGAACCUGCACGCCUAUGUCAGGAGGAAGCUUAGCGAAACCUACGGCAACAGGGUCAGCCUUACAGACCCCAUCCCUGCACAUCUAUUUGGUAACAUGUGGUCCCAACAGUGGAACAACAUCUUCGACCUGGUGGAGCCGUAUCCCAACAAGCCUGGCGGCAUUGACGUCACACCCAAGAUGGUGGAACAGAAUUACAACGCCACGCACAUGUUCCGCGUGUCUGAGGAGUUCUUCACGUCCCUGGGCCUGGGCGCCAUGCCUGACACGUUCUGGGAGAGGUCCAUGAUAGUUCGGCCAACGGACGGAAGGGACGUCGUCUGUUACGCUUCGGCUUGGGAUUUCAGUAGGGACAGAGACUUCAGGAUCAAACAGUGUACUGAUGUUACAAUGGAGGAUCUUCUGACUGUUCAUCACGAGAUGGGACACAUACAGUACUACAUACAAUACGCCGAUCAACCUCUCAUUUACAGAGGUGGCGCCAAUCCAGGGUUCCACGAGGCAGUAGGGGAUGUGCUAGCCCUGUCUGUAGCCACACCCAAACAUCUCAACCAGAUAGGUCUGCUGGACGAAGUGACCGAGGAUCCCGAUGCCGAUAUCAACUUCCUGAUGGCCACAGCCCUGGAGAAGAUUGCCUUCCUCCCGUUUGGUUAUCUGAUUGACCAGUGGCGCUGGCGAGUUUUUGAUGGGUCUACCGGUCCAGACAACUACAAUGCUGAAUGGUGGAGACUCAGGACCAAGUACCAGGGGAUAAAGCCACCCAGCACCAGAGACGAGACCCUGUUUGACCCCGGCUGCAAGUUCCACAUCCCCAACAACACGCCUUACAUCAGGUACUUCGUGAGUUUCGUGAUCCAGUUCCAGUUCCACGAGGCUCUGUGUAGGGAGGCCGGCCACACAGGCCCUCUGCACACGUGCGACAUCUACCGGUCUACGGCCGCGGGUGACAAGCUCAAGGCGAUGUUACAGAUGGGCACGAGUAAACCCUGGCCAGAAGCUAUGGAAGCCAUCACAGGUCAAAGGUCGAUGACCGCUAGUUCCCUCCUGAAGUACUUCCAACCCCUGACGGACUGGCUCAAACAGAAGAACUGGGAGAACAGAGAAAAACUCGGGUGGGACGCCGAGACUUGGGAGGAUGCAAAGGACCCAGCUGCCAGUUUUGCCUCGGCUGUCCAAGCAACCCUUCCCGUCAUGCUCCUGGCGUUGAUGGCGGCCAUCUUCUUCCGGUGUUGAGCACCAUUGACCACCUUACUUCCGUUCUUACAACGAUGGAUAAAAAAUAGCAAAACAACAUCAAGCUAUAACUACCAUUAACAUCACUAGGGUCGUUUUAUCCAGAUUUUGUGAGAUUUUGUGAGGUUAUAAAUUUAUUAUUGAUGACCUUUAAGCAAAAAAUUGUGUCUCGAAGUUAAUAUAUAUAAUUGUAAAUGUGUUUAGGUUAGAUGCUAUGCAGUACAUUGACAAACAUUGUGUAAAAGCACUCUCAACUGUCGAAAUUAUUUUAAUCUUAUUGCCAUGACAUGAAUGCAAAUAAAAGACAAUCACACAUCAA